AUGGCCAAGCUCUUGACCGCUGUGGGAGCCACAGGCACUCAAGGCCUUUCGGCUAUCAACGCCGUACUCGCUGAUGGCAGCCACAAGGUCAGAGGCCUGACCCGCAGUCCCAGCAGCGACAAAGCCGCUGCGCUGGCCAAACGUGGUGUUGAAGGCCGCUUCGUCCUCGCCUACAGUGAAGACACCACGAGUGGGAAACUGCUCAGCGACUGGUCCGAGAUCACGGGCAUACCGGCCGCGUACGUCCAAACAUCUCUGGAGGACUUUAAUCCCGUCCAGCCUGGGUUAGGGCUGGAGAUGGGCAUCAUGAUGGCCAUAUGGAACGCAUUGAGAGACCAGAGCUGGAGCGGCGAGGAGGGCCUGUUGACCAGGGAAGAGUUGGGAAUUGAACUCAGCGAGUUGACAACUGUCAAGGACACUCACAAGGUGAUCGACUGGGAUGAGCUGUUGCAGGUUCAACAUGGGAGAAGACAGAGGACGAAGAAAGGGAAAAGGAAAGAAGGAUAUCCAGCCUGUAUCUCGUCUAAUCAGUAUUGGUAUGAGUGUCCCAAUAUCAAACGAGGCUUCCCUUUCAUGUCCAACAGAAUUUUGAUAUCCGACAACUCCAGCCCCCAAGACCAAACUUAUGCCUUUCUGAGAUGGACCGUUGAGGAGACACUUCGCUCGUCGCUACGUCCGCAGAAUCCCAGUGGCCCCAGCAAACUGUCUUGCUGCCAUACCGAAAAUCACAGCGUCUCAAGUGCCCCGAGCAGUUGGAGCGGGUGA